AUGGCUGUACACACAAACGAAGCACAACCUGGGGAAUCGGCCCAAGGAGAGUAUAUUCUGAAGACGGACUCCCCAACCUCUUCAUGUACGUCGACAUCAUUGUGCAUUUUGACCACCACGCUUGAUACUAUUGUUGUUGCCAUCGUGAUGAUCGCGACAAUUCCUCAUCACCUGCAUGGGCAUGUACACGGAAAGCGUCAGGGCGACAUUCCAUCUUCAGUCUUGUCAAGCUUUCCCUCUGAUCUGACGGGAACACAAUUCUCUGGUUCUCCAACUGCGUUCCCACUUCCCCGUCGGACGAACGACGAGGUCUUUGGUAAGCGCCAGCUUACUAUUGUUCUGCCGAGUUUGUCCUUGCCCAGCAACGUCCCAACUCUUCUUCCACUGAGCGAGUCGGCAUCCAAUGUGGGAGCAAAGAGACAGGUCGAUCUCCCUACGAGCAUAUUACCAUCGCUAUCCUUACCCAGCGACUUGCCAACAACACUCCUCCCAGCCAGCAACUCAGUAACCGGUGUUGGAGCCAAGAGACAGGUCGAUCUUCCUACGAGCAUAUUACCAUCCCUGUCCUUACCCAGCGACCUACCAACGACAAUACUUGCAAUCAGCGACUCGGCAACCGGCGUAGGAGCCAAGAGACAGGUCGAUCUUCCUACAAGCAUACUACCAUCACUAUCCUUACCUAGCGAUUUACCAACAACACUCCUACCAGCCAGCAAUUCAGUAACCAGUGUUGAAGCCAAGAGACAGGUCGAUCUGCCCACAAGCAUCUUGACAACAGUGUCUCUACCAUCUUUGAGUCUCACCACUCUGGAUCCCCUCCCGACGCCUGCAACCAACCUGACAUCUGCACUGGAUAUGAGACGUCAAGUCGACGUACCAACUUUAACGAGUCUUACUUCUCUCCCAAUCUCUGGGCUGACUCUUUCGUCUGCUUCUCUUACUUUCAUUGGCACUGGUAAUCUCUACAGACGCCAGGACAAUGCAACUUCGACUGUCGCGGCGCUUACAUCGACCUUGUCUGCAGUCGCCACAGACAGCUCGCUAGCAUCAGACGCUCUGACUACGGCGUCUAUGCCAUUGACUGCGGAUACAUCAACUCCCCUGGCAACCUCUGAUGCCACCAGCGUCGCUGCGACUAGUGAAUCAGCUGCGGUCUCGGUUACUAGCAGCGCGGUGUCUGCUGCGGAAACUUCGCUCUCCGAUGUUGCGACACCAACCACUACUGCGUAA